UUGCCUCGAACAAAACAAUGAAUCAUACGGGUUUUCCAAACAUGAUUAUUGAAAGAAGUUCGAACUUGUUCAGAUCCUAUAUUAUUUAUUUUCCGGUUGAAGACAUAGUUUCAGCAAUAUAAUGACUUCAUCUGAAUGGUCUCCAAAAUCACCUGAAUGGUCCAGUGAAACUUUCAGUAUUCUAAUAUAUUGCACUAUAAACAAAAUUCCCAAAGUAACUCUGUCUGAUAUUGUAGCAAAGAGUGAGGAUUUUCCCAUACAAUUUCCUGUUGAUACUGGCAGAUGUAAAACAUUGAAAAAUGUCGUAACAGAAGAGAUUUUAGAAAGAAAUAUAAACUCUGUGUAUCCUGUUAUUCACGAGAAUGCCCUGGAGCUCUAUUGCAAAUUUAUUCUAUUCAAAAGAAAGUAUGGAACGACAAAAGAAAAGAGUCUCUUUAAACACAUGACACUUAAAAAUUUCAUAAACAGGCUGUUGGUCAAACGUGCUGUAAACUUCAUGGGACCCACUGAUAAGUUCUUACUUUUGAAUAAACAAAGUGGAGCAAAAAAUUGGGAAUUGAUAGGUACUGAUAAAGAAUCGCCUCCACUCAUAAUUGAACAAUGUAUAUCUUAUGAUGAAAUAAAAUUAGCUGUGUUUCUGUCAGUUAGUUCAUACACGUACUGUUUAAAUAAGGGAGAUAGAAAAAAUUUUGCGAAACGGGCAGACAAUAGAGAUAACAUUGCAGAUGAGGGUGUUAUAAUUGGAGUGAUUGGUCCAAGACUGAAGAAAAAAGAAGUCAUGGAAUAUCAAGAGAUUGUUGCCAGUAAAAAACAAAAUACAAAACAAAACGGAUAUGGUACCAACGUAAAUACCAGCGUGCAUAAACUAUUUUCUGAGUUUUAUGAGGAAGCCUGUUUAGAUUACGAAGAAACAUUGAAACUCAAAAAUAGAGAUAAUGUGAGAUAUACGGUUUUGGGAGACGGUUCAAUUUUCGACAAUAACUAUUACUACAAAAGACUAACUAUUUCCAUUGAUACGUUAUUGGUGGAAGCAAAUCACAGAGCUAGAGCUGUAGGAAAAACUGCUUUCAUUCAUGUUGUAGGAUUGGGAUUAGGGGUUUGGAGAAUAUCACCCCAUCAGGAGAAAGAAUUCAUGGAAGCUUUUGCUAAAAGGAUCAUGGCUCUGGGGCAAAAGCUCCAUUCUGUGAGUGAUAUAUGUUUCUCAUAUAUAAAUCAAGAAAAAUGUGGAUGCUAUAAGCAUGGUGAUAUAUUCAAUAUCGGAGGACAUCCUCUUCGUGGAGUCAAGAUUCAUAUUUCAAAGAGAAAUCCCCAUGAAAAAGUAUCGCAAGAAAAAUUAUUAGUUGUGUCAUAUGCUUGGGAUGGUAACGCUCUACCUGGAAAUGAGUACUGGAUUGGAAAAUUGGGUAGCAGUGGUGACUCAGCAGCAGCUUCUUCCACUCAAAUUGCUGAGAUUCAUAACCCGCAUAUCAAUCCUUUGGUAUGUGCUGAUGAAUUGAGAAUUAUCAAGGAUGGUCAAGUAGUCACUUUUGAAGAAUAUCAGAACUUAAUCAGAAACACUAAGUCGAAGAGAAAAAUUUAGUUCUUCUAUAUUAGCUAUUGAAAUGUAAUAGCUUAUGUUAGUAGUAGGUACUUAUUAUCAAAAUAUAACUUUUUCAUUUUA